AAUUUAUUUCUCCAAUACAUAUUAGCAUCGCUGGUAUUUGCAUUCAUAACAAACAAUAGAACCUCUCAAUAAUGCAAUUCCAUAACAACAGGUGAUCCCAAUAAUUAGUAUGACGCAAGAUUGAUCCUCAUGUCAAAAUGGCUAGUGAACUUGCUGAGGGUAUUUUGCAGUAUGUAGAUAAAAAUGGGGAAGUCAACUCGCUGGAUUUAGUUAAUGUCUUCGAGGAGGAUCAUCAGAAGAUCAUUGGAGCUAUCAAGAGCCUCCAGACACUCGAUAAUGUCAUCGAUGUUGAGCAAGUGAGCCAGAAGAGAUGGGAGCCAACACCCGAAGGAGAACACGUAAUAGAGCAUGGGAGUCACGAGGCAGCAGUUUACAAAGCUGUCCCAGAAGCUGGAAUCCCCCAAAGUGAAAUCAUGAAAUCAGUGCCAUACGCCAAAGUCGGAUUCUCCAAGGCUAUAGUGGCUGGUUGGAUAAAGCUAGACAAAAGCACUGGCAAGCCCACGGUGACCAGGAAUGUCUCGUCCAUUGAAGACACCACGCAGAUGCAGCUGAAGAGCAUCGAGAGCCUCCCAGACAACAUGAAGGCUGAAUACAAAAAGAGAAAACUCCUGCAGGAGAUCGUCAUCAAAAGUGUGAUCGUCAGGAAGGGGAGGAAUUUCGUCACUAAGAUUGAGAAACAGGAGGCGGAUCUCACUGCUGAUCUGUUGGUCAAUAAUUCGUGGAAGGAGAAGAAGUUCAAACCUUAUAAUUUUGAUGCUUUGGGGGCUGCUCUUGAUGUUGGACACCUUCAUCCACUUUUGAAAGUCAGAACUGAGUUUAGGAAAAUAUUCUUGGAAAUGGGUUUCACAGAGAUGCCAACAAAUAAUUUCGUUGAAUCCUCAUUCUGGAAUUUCGACGCUCUCUUCCAACCCCAGCAGCACCCAGCACGCGACGCCCACGACACAUUCUUCAUCUCAGACCCAAAAUUCACAACAGAAUUCCCCCAGGAGUACCUCCAGAAGGUGAAGGAGGUUCACAGCAACGGUGGCUACGGCUCCGAAGGGUAUCGUUACUCCUGGAAGAUAGAGGAAGCUCAGAAGAACCUCCUGAGGACCCACACGACAGCUGUUUCAGCGAGAAUGUUGUAUAAUCUCAUGCAGAACGGGGAGUUCAAGCCUGUGAGGUACUUCAGCAUUGACAGGGUCUUCAGGAACGAGACUCUCGACGCAACUCAUCUCGCUGAGUUCCACCAGGUCGAGGGGGUCGUCGCUGACUACAAUCUGACCCUGGGGGACCUCAUCGGGACUCUUUACGAGUUCUUCAAGAAAUUGGGGAUUGACAAAUUGGAGUUUAAGCCCGCUUAUAAUCCUUAUACUGAACCCAGCAUGGAGAUUUUCUGCUUCCACGAGGGCCUGGGGAAGUGGAUUGAGAUUGGAAACAGUGGAGUCUUCAGACCUGAGAUGCUGUUGCCUAUGGGAUUGCCGAAGAAUGUUAAUGUCAUUGCUUGGGGAUUGUCUCUUGAAAGACCUACAAUGAUUAAAUAUAAACUGAACAACAUUCGUGAUCUUGUUGGGCCCAAGGUCGACCUGCAAAUGGUCUACACCAAUCCCAUAUGUCGCCUAGAGAAAGUCGCAGGCAAUUCUCAAAUGAGCGUGAGGGAAUCCCAAGAGGAUGAGACAACACAUAGUUUUGGAAAUAACACAUGGAGAAAAUGCGAAAAACUAGAAAAACAGAACUUUGUGAUCUUCUGCGACCCAAAGCAUCCCAUUCUCUGGCUCGAGGCCCUCAUAAAGUUCACGAAAAACUGCCUCAAAACGACUCUAACGACUCAUCUUCAUUCAUCAGCCCAGAAAGUUCCUCUUGAACUCGAGAACUUCUGCUCGGAUUUCAAAAAUUCCCAGAAGUUCGCGGAUUUGACAGUGACUUUCAUCUGGAAAUCUGUGGGAGUGGAUCCAGUCCUGAAAUUCGAUGGAAAUCGAGAGAUCUUUGGUCAAGUCAACAUUGCACGGUAUUUCAACCGAUUAAUAGAACAAAUCAAUCCGAGUUUACUCAGAUACGAGAGCAAGGGGCCACUUUACGCUAAUAAAAUCGAUCGGGCUCUCGAGAAAAUUCACAAUGCCCUGCAUAAUUCUAAGGAAUUACAUUACCCUGAGACAUCGAAGUCACGGUACAUCUUCGAGGAAUUAUCAAUUGUUGAUUUGAUAUUGGAGGGACGGAGAUAGGAAUUUGAUGGAGGAAUGCGAAAAGUUGUAAUUUUGUAUUGAAGAUGAUUACAUUUUUUGACAGAUGCAGAACGAGUUUGUGAUCAUUAUUCCCUAUUUAAUUUCAAUUUGAC